CAGGUCAGGUUUGGAGUUUUUUACGCGCGAUAGAAGAGUCGGUUGAAUGUGAUUUCGCGGCGAACCAGGCUUCCAAAGGGAAAUGGAAUGGGCAAACGCAGUUUUCUUAUUUACCGCUAGCUGUUUUUUUUCUUCCGUUGUUCCGGGGAGGCGUCAUGGGAAAUUCGACACAUCGCAAACCGGUCCUUGCUAUGUAUGUAUGCUCUUCCAGAAAAAGGGUAACUAUCUUGCACUUCUUCGUCUUUGUUUUUAUUCUUCGUUUUUCCUUUGCAGAGGAGGAGGGGGGUAGGCAAAGGAGGGGAAGAAGCUCUAUUGAUGCUCUUCUGCGAAAAGGGCUGUGUAUUACCAUAACGCGAGAUAAGAUCAUAUCGAUUAGGUACCCUCAUAAAUACCUAGGACACGUCCGUGAGAAAUGGAAAAGGCUGUUUUUCUGGUUACUGAACUUUUUUUUGAGGUGAUUAUUUGAACUAAUUAGGUGGGUGUUGCAAGAGUAAGUUCUAGUUGGUGUUCGA